GCGCUCGCCCGGACUGUGAGUGUGUGCGAGUGUUAGAGGCAGAGCGGAGUGGCUGGGGCUGGGCGCGCACAACCGGGCUUCCUGCAGCCUCCAGCUCCUGCUCUGACCGUCGGAGCACCGGGCGCCCUUCCUGAAAGGCCCGAGGCCGCUGAGGAGUACGCGUGCGGGGCACGGGGAAGAGCGCGGGGCAGCCGCCGAGGAGAUGCCUGAGUUCUUGGAGGACCCGUCGGUGCUGACGAAAGAGCGGCUCAAGAACGAGCUGCUCGCCAACAAUGUGACGCUGCCGGCGGGCGAACAGCGCAAGGACGUCUACGUGCAGCUCUACCUGCAGCAUCUCACGGCGCGCAACCGGCCCCCGCCACCAUCCGCUCAGCCCCCGCCGCCGGCUACGGCCGCCAACAGCCGCGCGCCCCCGGACUUCUCCAGCGACGAUGAGCGCGAGCCCACGCCGGUGCUGGGCGCUGCGGGCCGCGGGCGAGGAGGAGGCGCCGCCGCUGGAAGGAAAGCCACAAAGAAAACUGACAAACCCAGAUCAGAGGAGAAAGAUGAUCUCGAUGUAACUGAACUCUCAAAUGAAGAGCUGUUGUGUCAACUGGUGAAAUAUGGAGUAAAUCCUGGCCCUAUUGUGGGAACUACCAGGAAACUAUAUGAGAAAAAAUUGCUAAAAUUGAGAGAACAUGUUCCAGAAUCCAGAUCUUCCACACCUCUGCCAGCAGUGUCUUCAUCAGCAGAAAAUGCUAAACAGAAUGGAAAUGAUGACUCCGAUAGAUACAGUGACAAUGAAGAAGAACUCAAGCUUGAGAAGAGAGAACCAUUAAAAGGCAAGGCAAAGACUCCAGUAACCCUCAAGCAAAGAAGAGUUGAACAUAAUCAGAGCUAUUCUCAAGCUGGACUUACUGAGACUCUCUGGACAAGUGGAUCUUCAAAAAGUGGACCCCUGCAGGGAUUAACUAGGGAGCCUACAAGAGGGUCGAGAAGAACUCCAAGAAAAAGGGUGGAAACUGCAGAACAGUUGCGUGUAGAUGGUGCAGUAAUUUCAGAGAGUCUUCCUAUAGCUGAAACUAUAAUGGCUUCAAGCAACGAGAACUUAGUUGUCAAUAGGGUGACUGGAAAUUUCAAGCAUGCAGCUCCUAUUCUGCCAAUCAGUGAAUUCUCAGACAUACCCAGAAGAACACCAAAGAAACCAUUGACAAGAGCUGAAGUGGGAGAAAUGACAGUAACAGAAGAAAGAAGAAUUGAAAGAGAUAUUCUUAAAGAAAUGUUUCCCUUUGAAGCAGCUACACCAACAGGAAUUAGUGCUAGUUGUCGCAGACCUAUCAAAGGGGCUGCUGGCAGACCGUUAGAACUUGGUGACUUCAGGAUGGAGGGAACAUUUUCAUCAAAAUAUAUCCCCAAAUAUGCUCCCUUGGCUGAUGACAAGACAGAAAAGACAAGAAAAGGACGCUCCAUUCCCAUGUGGAUAAAGAUUUUGCUUUUUGUUAUUGUGGCAGUUUUCUUGUUUUUGGUCUAUCAAGCUAUGGAAACCAACCAAGGAAAUCCUUUUUCUAGUUUUCUUAAUGAUGAUUCUAAUGCUUUUCAGGCAAAGGCCAACUGAGUGUUAUCUCGAUGGCACACUCAACCAAUUUGGUCUCCUAUUUUUAAUAACUAUAGAAAGAACUCUUGUUGGCUCAAGAUCUACUUUUAGAAAUAAUGUGUUUUCAACUUCUUAAAUUUAAUAUUGCAUUGAAAAUGAACAAGACAGUACAAAUGGACUCCAGUUUAAGUGUUUUGGACCUUGGACUAGUAGGAGAUCACCUUGUGCCAUAUGAGUAAUCUUUUUUUAGCUCUCUGAAACUUUUUUGUAGGCUUUAUUUUUUUAAUGUGAGCAUCUUAAUUCUUUUUUGAGAAAAAUGUAUAUUUGUUUUGUGUUUUGGGUAAAUGAGAAGGGCAAAAUAUGGUAGAAUAAUGUGAAGCUAAAUGUUUUAAAUGCUCUUACUUCAUGCAGAAAAGAUUUUUAAAAAAUAUUUCUUCUGGACAGAAUGUUUAGAGAAGCAAUGUGAAACAUAAUCUUAUGCAGGAUAAAGGGAAAUUCAUUGGAGGUUGUGUUUUCUAUAACUACAGCCAAGUAUUUGACAUUGUUUAUUUGAAAAAGUACAGCAAUAAUCGCUUAUGUAACUUUUUAGUAAUGUUACUGUAAUCCUGUUGUACUCAUUUUUAUACAGAUUUCUUAGUAUCAUGAGUUCUAUUAGUAAAUUCACCUAAGCGUAGAAUCAGGUUUUACCUGAAGGUCAUUUUUUAGUGUUACAUUUAUACAUUUGAGAAACCUGUUACUAGAGCACUGUAGUUCAAACCUUAAUCCUUGUUUCCCCCAGAAACAUUUAUUUCUUAUUGACACUUGGUUGAUUUAAUCAAUUCCAGUUUACUACUAAAAUAACAUCUAGAUGAAAAAGGAUGUGUGUGUGUGUGUGUGUGCGCACAACUGUGUAUAUGUGCAAAGAAUUUAGGAAAUUUAUAUAGUACCAUGCUUAAAUUUCUUCCAUCUGUUUGACUUAAAUUAACUGUUAAACUAGACUCAUUUCAUUAAGCAAAUUUUGCCAAUUCUUUUUGCCCUUUACGUAAUGUAAUCUGAUUAUAAUGUGUUUCAUAAAUGUUUAUUUUUAAAUUGCAUUGUUACUUUCUUGGAUACUCCAUCCUUUACUCAUGAAGUUCGAUACUCUUGAUGUGAGGAGGGCAUUAUAAUGCUAUGUAUUCACUCUUUUGUAGUUGUCUUAUUUUUUAAAAUUGAAAUUUACCUCAUAUAUAACUUGGUUAAGUAGACAGCUGAGAUUUUGGUAGGAUCAAGGGAAAUGUGUAAAAAUUAAAACUUGUGUUUUUGAAUUUGAAAUAUACAACCAUUGGUCAUAUAGUAUACUUUAUACAAAUAAGUUAUUUUAAAAUACCAUGUCUUAUAAAGACUGACAUUUCUAAUAAAAGAAUAAACUAAAGACAUAUGUUUAGAUGGGCACUAAAUUUUGAUCUGAACUGGACAUAAUCUAAUAUUUAGUUUGUAGAUAAUCUUAUAGGCAUUUUACUUUUAUGGUCAAGACCAGGUACUCUUAAUUUUUGAGUAAAGGGGCUGAAAUACCAACUCUUAACCUAGAAAUAUUUGCUAAUUAGAAUGAAAUUGCUUCUUUCUGUUAAAGUACUUCACUUCAAGAGAACAUGUUCUGCCCUUUUCCACCAGCAUAGGAGUUGAUACUUGGUUGUAGUCUCGUUUUGUUUUUAAAUUUUUUUUCAUUUAGUUAACGUGUUUAGGUCUUAUGUUCUUCCUUUAGAAAUUGUUAAGGAACACAUUUGAUGUUUUAAAAAGCUAGGAAAAUCAACAUGACUUAAGUGUUGUAUAUAGCAUAUGAUCAAUUCUCUUAUAGGAAAAAUGUGAUCCAAAAUAGCACAGAUAGGACUCACUUAAGCAUCUAGUCAAUUUCCAAAAACAAACAAAACCCCGUGUACUCUGUUUUGUCUUUGUCUGUUUUAUGCCACUAGAGUAAAUGUGUCUGAGCGGUAAAUUUAAAGCAUUUCUGAUUAAAUUGUAGAAGUAGUCAUUAAUACUUUACAAUAUAAUCUGAUAAAUAAAAAAUAAAUUACCUCUAGUCUUGUCAUUGUAGUAAGUGCUUUUCAGAUAGCAUAGGUAAGUUCUUUAAACAAUCCCCAGAAAUAAAUAUUCUCUUGGGAUAUUUGUGAAUCAUGAUAUGAUAUAAUUUUUUUAAAAACAAUUUCAGUUCUUACAUUAAUGUAUCAUUCCACAUUUCAUUUUUGAUACUUAAAUAAGUCAUUCAUUCAUUAGAUCAUAAAUAUAUAUAUAUAUUGUUCAUGUUCCUGGUUGUUAUAGGAAAUAACGAUCAAUCUCCACUAUUGGUUCUUUUCCCCUAUCAUAGUUCCUUCUUUCUAGGUGCUUUGAACUUGUUAAUAGUCCCUUCAGUCUUUCUUAAGUCCUGCUGUUGGACCUGGUAACUAAAAGAGUUUUUGAUCUAACCUUAGGGUUAAUGCUUUUCAAUGUUUAUGUAGCAACAAUUACUCCUUUAUAUGACAUACCAGAAAAUUGUCUUCCAAUAAGUGAUCUCGUUAUCAGGGUUGUUCUAAGUCUCACUUUUGCUUUAAUAUCCUUAAUGUGACUCUACAGCAUUUAUAAUAGGUUCAUGAGUUGUUUUGUUUUAUGUUUUGAUGUACCUGUGGUUAGUUUUUAUUAUUUGUUAUUUUUUAGUUACCAAUCAAAUUGCCACCAAGAGGUUGGACUGGUAGCCUUCAACAUGUCCUUUAUUUGGUUUUGCCUUUGAAUUUGGGAAAAUCUCACAGGAAUUAAUUGACAAAGUAUUUGAAUAACGUAAUGCAGUAACACUGGCUUAAUUUAACCUCCUUGACAAUAAGAAUGUUCUGUUAAAAAUAGUAAGUUUUCUUUAUCCCUGAGGAAAAAAUUGGCCAUAGUCUCUGCAUUUGCAGGAAAAGAAACAUAAAUUUGAGUUCCGGACUUGAUCUUUCCUUAAGAUAUCUGAGAGCAAGCCAGCAGCAAUUGCAGAGAUGCUCAUGAACUUUAAAUGCAGUUAUAUACUUUUUCAUUUGGCUUUGUCACCCAAAAUAUGACUGAAGUUUACAUAUUCAUCUUGUCAGCUGUAAUGCAAUGAAUUAUAAAAGAAGUAGUGGGAACAGUACAUUCUAAUGAGCUUUGUUAUAUAUGACACCAAUAUAGGCCUUUUGGGGUUCAUUAUUUUUGACCAACUUUGUAUAGAAAAAUUACUUUUAUAGGGUGUCUUCAGGCUUCUCCUUAGAACUGAUAUUAAGGUCAAGAUACAUCCUCCUAUAGCAGAGUUUGAAGUGCCAGCAGGAGGAUAUGAUGAAUUACUACUUAUACUGAAACAUGAUUUAUCACUAACAAAUUGUUACAACUGAUCAAUUCUUAUCCUUGGGCCUCAAUUCUUCGUAUAGAAAUUGAAAUAAUUUAAUUACUAAGGUCUCUAAUUUUUUAACUUCCCAAGAAGGAGCUUGAUUUGUUGGAACUGUGUUCCUUGAGUCUGUUCAGCAAUCAGAAAGAAUACAAAUUGGAUAAAAGUCCAGAGAAUCCUUGGAACAGAACACUUCACUGUCUGUAUGUACUGAAAUUUCUAAGUGGAAAACUUGAUUAGAACUUGUGUCAUCUAUACCUUAAAAAGUAUAACAUUGGAGCAAAGGAACAUUGGAGUUUAAAGGUAUAGUCAAAAAAUAAAGGGUAAGGAGUAGGAAUGAAUCAUAAAUAACCUCUGGCCAUCUUUUCCACACUGUACUGGAAUUAUAAGUCCUAUCUACAUCUUCCCCAGCAAAUGUUCUCUGAUCUGUGCUUCAAGGUUUCUAGGAUAGAAACUCACUUCCCUUGAGGGCAGUCCAUUUUAAAUUUAUAGUUCCAACUAGAUGUAAGGGCUUUUCUUAAAAUCUUUUUUUCUUUAAUUUCAGUUUGUUUACUGGAUUUGGUUAUUGCUUCUGAAGAUACAAGUUUCUAGUAUCUCUUCCAUGUGAUAAAUCUUUUAAAAAUAUUUUUUUCAAGUAAUAAAAAUUUGUCUUUUCUCCCUUUUCCCCUUUUGUUUGCCACCUCCCAUAUGGGAAGGAAGCUUUGCAAUAAACUUAAGUGAAGUAAAAGAAAUCGCCUUGUCCAUUCUGCUCAAAAUUCAGUAGUUGACUUCAUCCUCAGUCCUCUGGAACUAUGGUUGAUGAUUGUGUUGAUCCAAGUUUUACCAAGACUUUAAAAGUUACUUUUUUAUUACAGUAUUGCUGUUUGUAUAUAUAGCUCUCUGAUUCUGCUCACUUUACUCUGCAUCAAUGCAUAUAAACCUUCCUAGGUUUCUCUAAAGCCAUCCCCUUUCAUUUCUUACUGCACAGUGGUAUUCCGUCACCUUCAUGGGCCACAUACUUUGUUUGGGAAUUCCUCAAUUAAUGAUUCUCCCCUUAGUUUCCAAUGUGGCAGUUCUUAAAAUAUUUAGAAGUAGUUGUCAUUUCCCCAUCAAAUCUUUUCCCAAGGUUAAACAAAUAAUAAGCUUUUCUGGAAUUUUGAGCAUCUUGUUUACUUUUAGAUAGGCCAUAUCUUAGCAAUGUCCUUCCUGAACCACAGCUCCAGAAUUGAACAUAGACUACUUCCAGAUGUUUGACCUGAGCAUAGUACAUACUGUCAGACGAUCACCUCCAUUACUUUGCUACCACAAAUUUUUUUUUUUUUUAAUUAAUGCUGCUUAAGAUUACACAUUAGGAAGCCAUUUAAAUUCCGAAGUUUUUCUUGCCUUUAUUAUAACUUUGUAUUUUUAAUUUUAUUUUAGUUCCACUAUUUCAAGUCUAUUUUGGUACUUUUUUUUGUCAUUCUUUGUUCCUCCUAGCUUUGUGUCACCUAUCAACCUCAUUGUUCCAUCUAUGCCUUUGUUUAAAUCAGCCACAGAAAUCAUUGAAUAUUUAAGUUUGUAAGGAAAGAAGUAUACAAACUUUCACUGGAGACUUCUUUUCAAAUUGAACUUGUAACAAUUUGUAUUUAUUUGGUUAACCAGAUGCAAACCUAUGUAAUUACAUUAUCUAAUCUAUAUCUCAGCCUUUUAACCUCAAGAAUAUUUUGAGAAACUUGUUAACUGCCUUGCCAAACUCCAGAUACACUUCAUGUUUUCCAUUAAAUGUUAAUGUCUACAUAUACACACAUGUGAGUUGUGUGUCCCUCUCCCUCCUUCCUCUUGGUAGAGUAUGAAGUUGAAAGCAAUGAUUUCUUCAUUUUUAGUUUUUAUCUCUAUUACAUUUCCAUUUAAUGCUUGCUGUGAGUCUCAUCCCUUUCUUGAUUUUCUUGCCAUGUUUAUUUUUACACAAUUUGUUGCCUUUAGUACUGAAAACUUAACACAAAGUUACCUCCUGAUUCUCUUCUUACUGUGCUUUUCCCCUCUCAUAUUUAGCUUCAGAUAACCUAUCCUUAUCUUUUGUAUGUAUCCUUUAAACUUCAACUUUUAAUAUUCAUUGGUCUUUUAAAAUACCUUCCUUUUUACUUAUCAGAGUAGAUUGGGAAUGUGUCAAGAAUCUUAUUCUUGAGCUUUAUAUGACUCAUUCAUAUUCUUAAUGCAUAUUUCCCUUUUGGAAUCUCACCUAUGAAGCCUUUUGAAAUUUGGGAGUUGAGAAUUGUAUAUUCAUAGACUUAGACUUAACAGCUGUAAAGGGAUGAGAGACUAUCUAGUUCAGCCCCUUCAUUUCAUAAAAUGAGGAAAUAAGUUCCAGAAAAACUGACUUGUCCAAUAUCACAUAGUCUCAGAGAAAAGACUUGAACUCAGCUUUUCAGCAGCCAGAGCUGCUGCCACCAAAUCACAUGGCUUCUUUUUUUUUUUUUUUAACUUUGCUUGCUUCUUGAUUAGCUAGCCCUCUGUUCAAUUUUUAUUUUCAAAUUCAAAGACAUUGAUAGCAAUAGCAUGGUAUAUGGCUAGGUUUUCAUUUCUGUCUUACUGAGCAGUUCUUAUUUGUCAGAAUCUGAUCUGAGAGCAGUUCCUCUCACCUGUUCCUGUAAAAUAAAUCAACCAUCUGCGAUAAAAACUAGUCCUUUGAUCCAUCAGCCUAGUUCAAAAUGGAGAACCAUUAAGUUAACAAGGUAAGUUGUCCAAGGCAAUAUAACUCAAGUUAGAUUGUUUUGAUCUAAUAUUACUCUGUCUUCCAUGUUGUGGAGAUGGCCCUGGAUUCCUGGUGGCCAGAGCAGCAUAGCUUGCAUGCACUCGCUGUCCUGAGAGUAGAAACUUGAGUGUUGAACUGAUUGCCAGAUUGGCGACUCUCUAUGAACUUUGCAGGCUAACAGUCUGAGAGGUUCCCCACUUCUUAGAGAUAUUGAGCAAGGGAUCAGCAGUGGGGAUAUCCAGAAAGUCACAGAGAAGUGAGGGAGUGUAUAUGUGCACAUUUGGGGAUCUAUGGGACUGUUUCUCAAUCUUUGAUGUCUGAUCAGGUGAUCUGAUCUUGGAGUCUGUAAACAUGUGUGUACCUAUGCAUAGGUGAAUGCCUAGAUUUCAGUAGAACUGGUUUCCUUUGUAAUCCUGUUUUAUGUGUUUAUAAUCUGAGAAGUGGUCUAUAGGUUUCACCAACCUGGCAGAGUUACAUGACAGGAAAGAUUGAAGACCCUUGCUAUAAGGUAAAUAUUUGAGCUCAGUAGUAAAGGGUAUGUGCAACAUGGCAUAGUGUUUAUGAUACGAUACCAAGGUUUCCCUUUCAUUUGGCAAGACUGUUUCAUGGCCCCCGGGCUGUAGUAGGGCUGUAGUAGGCUCUCAUACAUCUGUAAGAUGGAAUCAGCUACCUCAUACUUUGUGCACUUGUUCACCCAUUGUAAUAUGAUCUGAGAAGCCAUAUCAAUUCAGAACCUUUCACUGGAGAACUUACUAAGCCUCUGCAGGGUCAGUGAUGCACUGAGGGGUACUGAAUUAUAGUUGGAAUGGGUUCAGAGCCCAUACUAGACUAGUGAGUGACUAAUGGCAAGUCAUGUAACUGGUCAGAGCCACCCAUUUUUGUCUGUGACAUAAGGAUGUCAUCUCCUGUUAUGAAUAGCUCACAGAUUCUUGGGAGCUCAACAAGAUGCUGCAUAAUAGAUCUUUGCAAACCUUUGGACACUAUAUAAAUGUCACCCAUUAUCUUUUCCACUGAAAAACUGACCUGGAGUCAGGAGGACUCUUUACCGAGUUCAAAUCCAACCUCAGAUAUUUCCUACUUUGUGACUCUGGGCAAGUCAUUUGACUUUGUCUGCCUCAGUUUCCCCAUCUGUAAAGUGAGCUAGAGAAGGAAAUGGCUGACCACUCUGGUAUCUCCACCAAGAAAACCCAAAUGCAGUCACAAAGAGUCGGACACAACUAAAAAAAUUUUGAACACUGGCGAGCACUGGGCCUGGAGUUGGGAAGACUUAGCAUGGCCUCAGAUAACUUUCCAUCUGUGUGUCCCGGGGCAAACUUAACUCCCUUUUUGUUUCUUUUUUUCUCACCUGGAAAAUGGAGAUAAUAAUAGCCACCUGCCUCAUAGGGCUAAUGGGAGGAUGGAAAGGAAAUUGAAAGAUACUUAGAACACUGCCAGAUACAUAGUAGUGUGAGCUAUUUUCUGUGCAGCCAGCCUCGUGCAGUGGUUAGCAAGAUGUCCUCCUAAUCCCGAAGAAUAUGGCUUCAAAUCCUGUUUUUAAGACCCUGGAUAAGUUAUUUGGGCCCUUUAGAAUCCCUGCUAACCCUCUGAGACUUAAGUUGUAGAAGGGGGCAGGGGCAUGGAAUCUUCAUUGGUAGAGGGAUCAAUUGAGCAUUUAUCAAAUACCUUUUUUGUAUACCAGGUUCUUUGAGAGGUGCUGAAGAUGCAAUACCAAAAUGAAAUAAUUCCAACUUGUGAGGAGGGAUUGGAUAGAGGUUUUUUGGGUUUUGUAUUCCCAUUUCAUAAGAGAAUGAUUGCCAUACAAUAAGUGGUCACUAAAUUGUUGAUUGCCUGGGAAUUCCUAUACCCAAGUUUCUUAAACUGUGGAUCAUGUAACUGGGGAUUUAUUAUCUGUCAAUAUUUUCAGUUUUAUGUACCUUUAGGACAGACCACUAGGUGUCACUGGGGAACACAUGUAGAUUAAUAAUACUUGUUUUUGUGAUAGGUAGUUUUUAUCCAAGAAAAAUGGGUUUAUUUUAAGUAAUGCAAUGGAUAUCAAUCCCCAGCCAGUUAAUCGAACAUAGGAUUAAGUGACCCCAUUUGUAAUUACUUGGUGUUUUAAUCUGGACGUGUUCAAACCCCACCUUUAGGACCAGGCAAUUCACUUUUGCAUCUUCAGUUUUCCCAUCACGUUUCUUGCUUGUUUGUACAGCCUUCAGGGACCCAAGCUCAUUUCCUUCAGCACAAUGAAGGCUUGAAGGAUGACUUAAUGAGAAUGGGAUCAAUGAGGUAUUAUGAGGCUUAGAUGGGAGACUCACUAGUGAGUUUUUUAAAGUACUAAAUUAAUGUUUUAUUCAAAUAUUCAGGGGCAGCUAGAUGGUUCAGUGGAUAGAAUACUGGCCCUGGAGUCAGGAGGACUUGAGUUCAUGACAUUCCAGGGCAUGAUGCUAGUUGUGUGACCCUAGGCAAGUCACUUCACCCCAGUUGCCUUAUUUAAAAAAAAAUUCAGAAAGCUUAUUAAAAAUGAUUUAUAUUUUAUUUAGGGAUUGUACACUAGCUUCUAUGGUGCAUCCCAAGUACUAAGACUCUAGGAAAUAACAGUCCAAAAUUACCCCUAAUUUAUUCAAUAUGUUAAGAGAAGCAGGAUGAUGUUGGGUAAAGGUGUGAGAGAAUUGGAUGGUGCUUUUGAAAACUGAAUUAAUAGGGAAAUGAAACAAAUUAGAAAAUUGAAAGCACAGAAAUGGGAGGCUGAGACCUGGACUGAGAAACAUGAUCUAGGGUGAGGGGUUUAUAUUUGAAAAAGAACCCUCAGGACUUUGGCCCCUUUCUCCUCUGGUUUUUACAUGUAUUCCUUGCUCCCAUUAGAAUGAAAGCUCCUUGAAGGUAGGAACUGGUUUAUGUAAUUUCUGGUGGAGAUUCACGAUCGUUAAUUUCUAUAACACCCAAUUAAUGGGGAUUCUGGAGAGGGACAUGCACUUGGGGAUAGGAAAUAAAAGACUGCUUUUGUGGUUUCAAGAAGUUGUCUACUGGCCUGGACACCCAUUCUUUCAAGAAUGUAAAAUAAAAUCCAGCUGAUGAUUAUCAGUGAGGUAGGGAAGUUCUUGGUAUGACAUUUUGUUUCUUACAGAGCAAUGAGCUUUGAGUCUGGACCCCGACACUUUCUAGCUGUGUGACACUUCUGAAAUUUAGUUUUUUUUUCCUUUGUAGAUUGGGAAUAAUUACAGGUCACAUUGGAGCAAAGCAUUUUAAAAAAUCUUAAUCCUUUUUUAUGUUUAUAUAAAACUGGUUCUUUAAAAGACAAGCAAAACAGGUGGUUUUUCAUGACAUGACCAGUUUAAUUUCUGCUCUUCAAGUAAUAAAUCCAGGCGGUCAUGUCUGAAAAUGUUUGUCUGAUUCUGCAGUUGGUGGUAAUAACCUCUGUGUAAGAAGAUGGCAGCUUGGGCACCUUGCUUUGUGAGAUGUGGAGCUCUGGUUAAUUGCUUUGGUCGAGUUUUCAAAUUACUUUGCUUUUCCAAGUUGUAAAAAUGAGUUACGUUAUUCUGGUUCUGCUCACCUCACUGGAUCAGUUUAUAUGAAGUUUUGCCAUGCUUCUCUGAAACUUCUUUUUUUUCAUUUCUUAUGGUAUAACAAUAUUCUGUUAUACUCAGAAUUUCUUCAAAUAUUUCCCUAAAUGGCAGGUAUGUACCUUGUUUCUCUUUGCCUACAAGGAAUAAAGCUCGAUUAGGUAUUUUCAUAUAUGGGGGAGGGGUGUCUGUUUUGUCUUUGGGGUUUUUUAGUGUACUUGAGUCAAAUACUGUUCACCUGGUGCUUGUAGGAAAACUCAAGACCUCCAAGUGGAGAGCUAGAAGUUGGUCAAAUUCAAAUGUCUCUGGGGACUAAGUUCUGGGUGGGGUAUCGCUGCCAAUGACUUCUUCCACUGUCUUGCCAUGUAUGUGGAGUAUGUUCACUUCCAGGGCGUUUAAGAACCCGGGGAUAGCACACGCGGGCACUAGCAGGUUUGAAUAACUUCUCUGUACCAUUGGGACUUUUGGGAUUUCAUGAGAAUGAGCCAUAAAUCACAUCAGCCAUAAUGUGACCUAUAAAUGUGAGCUAUAACUUGCUGUUCAGUUUUUCAAUGUGACCCCAUUUAGGUUUUUCUUGGCAGAGAUAGUGGAGUGGUUUGCCAUUUCUUUCUCCUGCUCAUUUUACAGACAAGAAAACUGAGGCAAACAGGUUUAAGUGAUGUGUUCAUCUAGUAAAUAUGUGUUAUUACCUAAGCUAAUAAGUUUCUUAAGUCCAGAUUUGAACUCGGGAAGAUGAGUUCCUGACUCCAAGACCCACAGUCUCUCCCGUGUCACCUGAAGCUACAAUUAUUAUAUUCAAAUAACAGAGUUUACUAAUGCGAUGAAUUAAGGAUAUUUUAUCCUUAAUAUUAAUAAAUUGUUUUUAUUUGAGAGCAGAAAAUUCCUAGCACUUUCUGGACUGUUUUCUGUUUGUAGAUAGCAUAGGACUCCUAAUAUCUAUUGGAGUCAAUAUAGCAUAGGGCAUAAGAAGGUGACUUCGGAGUUAAGAAGGUAAGUUCAAAUUUUGCCUUUUGGUUGCUGGCUCUCUGACCCUAGGCAGUACUCGGCCCUUCAUUGUCCAGAACAUGUCCUUAAGACUAAAAACAAGGGAACAGCUGUCAGUCUGCUUUAGUGAAAAAAAGAAAAGGUGUUUUUCAUCUGGAAUUCCAGAGGUAGAUAAAUAGUUGUAGAGCUGUAGAUAUAAGCAUGUGUGUAUAUAUACUUUAUAUAAAUUAGUUAAAGCAUUCUGAAUAGUCAGGUUUUCCAGAUAGCUAGCUGUCUUUACUCUUUAAGUCUCUCUCCCCCAUUAAAAAAACUUAACUAGGUUCAAGGCAUUCUUAAAUAUAUUGCAUGUAUAAUCACUAAGUAUCUUAGAACUGUUAGCCAGUGCUUAGCACAGUACCUGAAUGAUUAUACCUCUUGGCUUAUGGACCAGAGUGUUCUCAAAAGUAGAUAAUAGCUUAUUUUUACAAGGGGUGUGGGGAGAGGUUUUUGUUUUUUCUUUGGGAAGAUUAGUGAUAGAGUUAAUUGAAAAGGAGGAAAAAAAAAGCCAGAAAAGCAUCAUUGAGGUAUUUAAAAGCAAAAGCACAGAAGAUAACAGAUGGAAGCUCAGAAUACAGGAAACACAGGCAAGCAGGAUAGCUUUGAAAACAAGUUAGAAUUUGAGAUACUUUGUAAAAAGCAAGUUGUACAUAAUAGAGAUUGAUUUUUCCUAUGCAGUCUUGUCUGUUCUACUUUGUAUGUGGAAAUGCCCUUUUUAGAAAAAAAAAAAAAAAGUAAAAAAAAAAAAAUUUAAAAAUAAAAAGGUUUAACCAUAGCACAGGUCUACUUAAAGCCAUACAAAGGGGGAAUUGGAUUAUGUCUGAUGAACUGGUUGAUUAUGCUCAGGGGUAUGCUGGAGCCAGCACCCUGGCAACAAGGGUAGCCUGAGAGCUUAUUGUUAAAUUUUCAACUCGAGCAUUUUAUGCCUCAAAAAUCAGGACACACAACAAGAUAGAUUUUGAUUUAUUGUUUUGGUUAUUGUCCUUAACAGGAUGGAGAAAGUGUUAAUAAUACAGAUUAAACUGAAAGCUAUGUUAUGGUCUACUUUCUUCUCCCCCCUUCCCAAGAGAGCUGAUUGUUCAACAUUGACCAGCACACCUUUAAUUAUGCUGAACUAUUUUCUCUUUUUGAUAAAUCUUGGUUAUAAGAGAUGGUUUCUUGGAUAGGAAAAAGGGAGGGAUAUAUUUGGGAAUAAAGGCAAUGUAAAAACAAAAUACAUCCAUUAAAUCAUAUUGUUAUUUA